ACGAAUUACACGAGUUGCCUGGACAACGUCUGUUACCAUGGUACCGAUGGAUUUCCAAACGCGUUUUGCUCUACCAGAGUUCAGAAACGAGAGGUCCUGUGCCGGCCGCGGUAGCGUCUUUUCCUGCCUGUGGAGCAGGUAAACAGUAGCGGUUGCUAAUCUGUGCUAAAGUUGCUGAAGUUUAGAUACUCAGCGAUGAAUUCACGUCUGUAAUGUGAUCGUUCCGGCGGCUCUGCUUUUUAAUAAACGCGAUUUUAAGACUGAGAGAAAUGGACAUGUUGUGCUUUCGGUUACCUGGACACAGCGACGCUGCACUGAGGAACAUGAGCUCUCUGCGGGAGCAGCUGCACUUCUGUGACGUCACCAUCAUGGCCGGCGGCCGGCAGAUGUUCCGCGGUCACAAAGUGGUCCUGGCGGCCGGCUCGGCCUUCCUCAGAGACCAGUUCUUACUGAACCCCUCGUCAGAGCUGCAGGUGUCGGUGCUGCACAACUCGAAGGUGAUCCACGAGCUUCUGCAGUCCUGCUACACGGGCGUCCUGCAGUUCAGCGCCAAGGAAAUAGUCAAUUACCUGACGGCAGCCAGUUACCUGCAGAUGGAACACGUGGUGGAGAAAUGCAGAGGGGCCCUGAGUCGGUACCUGCAGCCGAAGGGCCACAGUCCCCUGAGCUCUGUGAAGACGGAGGAGUCGCAGGCCAUGCCGGUGAUUGUGAACGGAAGCACUCUGGAGUCGAUGUCGCCCCCUGCCGAGCGCACGGCGUCGCUGCAGCCGCACAGUUCAGAAGACGAGCCGCUCGUCUCUGGGGUCGAACAGCCAGCCAUUCAGCAUAUACCGCAGAUGAGAGAUUCGGAGGACGACGCGAGGAACGAGUACAGCAUGUACGAGAUGCGCAUCGGGGCCGACCACCACGACUCGGCAGGACUCCGGGAGGAGGCGUCGGACGCGCGCGCGGACGAGCUGGGCAGAGAAGACCCCGGCGCGGCGGGCAGCAGCCUGAGGGGCGGCAUGCGCAUCUGGAAGUGGAGAUUCAGAGAGCCCAGGGCCGGCCGGGGGCGGGGCUUCAAGCACAGAAAGCGCGGUACGUUCCGCGACCGAAGACCCCUGGGCUUUCAGCAGGCGUGGCGCUUCCCGACCUCCGAAGAGAUCCUGGGCAACCUGACAGCAGGCAUAGGACAAGACUACCUGGCUCUCGGGGAGGGCCCGCUCCGCAUGGAAUACCAGCCGUCCGAGUGCCAGGCGGACGCCCCGGGGUCGGACGGGGGCGGCCCCGUUCACUUCGGCGAGGACGGCGUGGGCGUGGUGCAGCUCCCCGCGAGCGAGAGCAGCCGAGGAGAGGACGUGGUGGGCUCCACGUCCUGCGUGACGGUGGCGUGCGAACAGUGCGGCCUGGCCUUCUCGUCCAUCGAAGACCUGACGGCGCACUCGCGCUCCGCCCACCUGCUGUACAUCUGCCCGUGCUGCGGCAAACACUUCAGCCAGGCCAACAACCUGGCCCGCCACAUGGUGGUGCACCGCGCCGCCAAGGUCCACAGCUGCCCCGUCUGCCACAAGACGUUCACGCAGAAGACCACGCUGAUCGACCACAUGAACAUGCACAGCGGCGAGCGGCCGCACGUCUGCGCCUUCUGCCACGUCUGCUUCGCCCACAAACCCGCGCUGCGCCGCCACCUGAAGGAGCAGCACGGCAAGACCACGGCGCAGAACUACCUGGAGAUCCAGAGAGAGAGCGCCGGCGCCCCUGUAGUGGCGGAAGGGGGCGUCUGAGACCAUUUGGAUCUUGAAGGAGCUUCGUGUUCAGGGGUCGGAUUCGGACGCACGUUGUUGAAUUGGUUGAGCUAGUCAACUACGUGGUCAAAAGUAUGUGGACACCCCCGAUUUUUUAUUUAUUUAUGUGUUUUAUCUGCGUCUACUGAUAGCAGGCGUACUUUUAUCCAAAGCCACCUACAGUAUAAGCAAUUAAGGGUUAAGGGCCUUGCUCGAGGGCCCAACAGUGGCAAGCUGGCGACCCCCAUAAAGAGUUUUGUGUGGACAGACUGCAGUGGCUUUGUGUGAACGGAUACAAGUUCUCACAGGCACACUCCAGUAUCCUGUAGAGGCUUUUUAAUAUCAGGGUUUUAAACUGAGAUGUCCACAUACUUUUGGCUGUUCGAUGUGCAUCAUGUGACUAUAGUAAGUGUCCACGGUAUCAAACUGACCGGCCAGAAUGAAACCCAAGGUGGCGAGAACGCGCGGCACCCACAAAGCACCCGAACAGAACACUUCAGAAGAGUCAC